CUAACAGCCACCCAGACCGGAAACACGUCACUGGCGAGCGGAGCGAUAUAUGUCUAUGCUUAGUAUCUUCAGCCAGAAGGAUAGAAUGUUGAUCAAAGAUGGAUCGUGCAGCUAGCCACAGCUGCCACCUUCUGCAGCAACUUCAUGAACAGCGCAUCCAGGGAUUGCUGUGCGACUGCAUGCUAGUGGUGAACGGUGUUUGCUUUAAAGCACACAAAAAUGUACUAGCUGCUUUCAGCCAGUAUUUCAGAUCAUUAUUCCAGAACACUUCAAGCCAGAAAAAUGAUGUCUUUCAUUUAGACAUUAAAAAUAUUGGUGGGAUAGGUCAAAUUUUGGACUUUAUGUAUACAUCUCACCUAGACUUGAAUAAUGAUAAUGUGCAAGCCAUAUUGGAUGUUGCUCAAUGCCUUCAAGUGCAGAAUGUCCUCAACAUGUGUUACAGUUUCUUGAAACUAACUUCUGUUGUAGAGCAGGUAACGUCUACACCGUUUAGCAAUUCUUCACCCCUUCAGAGUACUUUCCCAACCUAUACAAAUUCCAUGUCAAAUGAGCAACUCGGUCCUCCAUUGUUACAGCCUACAGGACAGGAUGAAGAUCCUGCCCAGGUACCUCAACCUCCUAAGGUUCCAGAUGAGAUAGCAAAACCAACCUCUGUUCCUUUAAAUGAUAAAGAAACUCCUAUAAAACAACUAAAUCAACCUUACAAAUUGCGAGACUUUUAUAGUAAACAGUUUUACAGGGAAAAUGCUGAUAAAGUAGCAGAACAACAAACAUCUGUUAGCACAGUUACAGAAAAUAACCAAAUUGAAACCCAGUCCUGGACUUUGAAUAGUUCUGCUCCCAUAUUGGCGCCAUCGGAUUCUCUACCCCUGGAACCACUGCCUGCGUUCUCGCACACGUUUGUCUCAACACAGGAGCCAGAGAGAUCAACAUUGCAGUUCCCAAUUGAAAUGCGUCUGAAGAAAGCCAUCCAUCUGAAAAAGUUAAACUUUCUUAGAUCUCAGAAGCCAGUCGAAGAGUCUGCUGAGCAUGUUGCCAUCUUGCAAAAUAUAGUUGAAGACACAACGUUUACCCAUGAAAAAGAGUCUGAGGAACGCUGCAGCGUAGCUGGUGAAAUGUUUGCAAAUCUGGAGGGACAUGUCGAAGAGAGGUCAGAGAGUCCUUCGACUGUAGAAGAGCAAGAUCUAUCAAAUAAACACUGUGCUUGUGAUAUGUGCGGGAAGAGUUUCAAACAUCCAAGUAAUCUGGAACUACAUAAACGUUCUCAUACAGGCGAGAAACCCUUUGAAUGCAGUGUUUGUGGCAAACACUUUUCACAGGCUGGCAAUCUUCAAACUCAUUUACGGAGGCACUCUGGUGAAAAGCCUUAUAUCUGUGAGAUAUGCGGCAAAAGAUUUGCAGUCUCGGGUGAUGUUCAACGCCAUAUCGUUAUUCAUACCGGAGAGAAGCCUCAUUUGUGUGAUAUCUGUGGCAGAGGUUUUAGUAAUGUUAGUAACCUGAAGGAGCAUGAAAAGACUCACGCAGCAGAUAUGACAUACACAUGCGAUGAGUGCGGGAAAUCCUUUAACAUGCAGCGUAAACUGAUAAAGCACAGAAUCAGGCACACAGGGGAGAGACCCUACAGCUGUUUAACAUGUGGUAAUAAAUUUGGCGGCUCUGGAGAUUUACGCAGACAUGUCCGAACGCAUACAGGGGAAAAGCCUUACACUUGUAACAUUUGCAACAAAAGCUUCACUCGCUCUGCUGUUCUUAGAAGACAUAGGAACAUGUAUUGUCGGGCUGGAGAAAAUGGUCAGAAUACGCCAGAGGUUUUCCCUACCACAUCCUCCGACAUGGAAAAAUCUCACAAUGCAGAUACAUUGACUCAGGAAAUGACUGUACCUUUUGUAACUGGUAACGCGGUGGAAAGAGCGGAGUACGAAGGAAAUGCGACAAAUUCGUUUUGCAAAUUGCAAACCAGCAUUCAACAACAAGAAUUAGUUGGGCAAGAAAAACUGUCCGUAGAACGCGUGAGACAUACCAAGCCUCAUUCACCUGAUACAGCUCACGGCUAUACUUUCACUGAAGUAGAAGUAGCUGUCACAGAUGAAACGUUACACCCGGAUAUAUCUAUGAUUCGAUCCUCGUUAGUAACUUUAGAGAAUAACUGCACCGAGCCCUUAGGUAACCGGAUAUCUUCCAAUGUGCACCGGAAUUCCGAUGGUCCUUUCUUUUCAAGUAUGACGUUGUGGGGUUUGGCUAUGAGAACCUUGCAAAAUGAAACAGACAUGGAGCAGUAAAUAUUAUUUUCUUGUUUUUUUUUCUUUUUUUAUCAUUUCUGAAAAUGCACUCUU